UGAGCACAAAUAUCACUGGGACUUGGCGGUAGUAACUAUCCAAAUGAUUUACAUGUCUGCAACAUAUCGUUCACUACGUAGAAUGUAUCCAAAGUUCAAUAUCUCCCUGCAGUACAUCUAAACGAAGCAGAACAUUUUAUUUAAAGAUAUAGUUAUAUAUCACUGAUAUUGAAUUGACACAUUUAAUGCGCAGACUUGCCAAGUUGCAUUGGAAGAUUCAAGUGACCCUUGACUUACUGCAGAAAGGUAAACAGACAGCGACCCUGAUUCGAUAGAUUCAACUUGCUGUUUCCCUCCAGAUAUACAAAUAAAAGUAUUAUAGGCUGCGUCGUAGAGGACGACAAUCCAAGAGACCGACACUUAAACAUCCUGAAGAUGUCCUCUAAGAAAGUGGUCGAGUUGUUCUUUGAUGUGGUUUCCCCGUACACCUGGCUUGCAUUUGAGGUUAUGUGCCGAUAUCGAAACGUGUGGAACAUCGAGCUGAAAUUGCGUCCUGGUUUCUUGGGAGGCGUUAUGCAAGGGUCUGGAAACAAACCUCCUGGGCUGGUUCCAAACAAGUUCCUGUACAUGACCAAGGACAUGGAGCGCUUGGCCCAGUACUUUGAGGUUCCCCUUAAGGCUCCAAGUAACCCUUUCGAGGCCAUGUUUGAAAAAGGCUCCUUGUCUGCAAUGCGGUUUGUGGUGGCCGUGCAGGGGCAAGCAAAGGAUGACAAGCAGGUAGAGCUUGUUUCUAGGGAGCUGUGGAGAAGAAUCUGGAGCCAAGACAAAGACAUCACCACACCUGAGUCCCUCUCCGAGGCAGCGAUGAAGGCAGGGAUGUCUGCCAGUGAGGUGGGAGAGUUGCUGAGGCUGUCCUCCACCAAGGAGAUUAAGGACAAGUUGAAAAGCACCACACAGGAAGCACUUGACCACGGGGCUUUUGGCUUCCCCCUCAUCGUUUGUCAUGUAGAUGGAAAGCCAGAGCCGUUUUUUGGCUCUGACCGUUUUGAGCUGAUGGCGCACUGCAUUGGUGAGAAGUGGCUUGGACCUCAGCCCAAACAAUCCCCUGCCAAACUUUAACUUUUGACGCUUGCCUUUAGAUAAUGUGGAUGCUGUUCACUACUGAGUGCUUCAUCUAUGUACCGAUAUCACUUUCUAAAACUCUUCAACGUGACAAUUUAACUCUGAAAACAGAUGGGUUUGGUUUCACAAAAAAUCCUUGCUUCAUAAAUAAAUAUUGUAGAAAUUGA